AUGGCGUUCCCUCGGAUGUCCUCCACCGUGCUGUGGUUCUCACUCAUACUCUUUGUUUAUUGGACGACCUCAGCUGCUGAGUCACAUGACCCUUCACCUGCUGACCUCUCAGCCCUUCGCAGGCUCAAAAGAGAGCUGGAUGCAACCACCAAAGAACGGGUCCAGAGUGGGUUCCAGGUGGGCGUAGACUUGCUGACCAUGGUCACAGACGUGACGAACACAUUCAAACCUAAGCAGCUUGAGUCUGUGUUCAACAGCCUGGCCAACUUUGCCAGUUUGGCGCCCGGUAUCGGAAGUCUGGUCAUCUCAUUUGUCAACGUGGUUUUGGCCAUCAUCCCUCAGGAAAACAGCAUCGAGGAGCUGAGGAACGGCUUCAGCGAGGUCAACCGGAGGCUGGACUCACUGGCCUCCCAGAUAUCUGACCUGGCCAUAGAUGUGGAGUGGUUCAACUUCGCCAGCGUCUACUCUCAAGAUGAGGCUCGCAUCCUGAACGCCUGGACGAAGUUCAAUGAGCUUGAGCAGAACCUCAAGCUGGUGACGAGUGCAGAGGAGAAGCUGAGGCUGGCGGAGAUCUUCGCCAACUUCUAUGAGAACUCAGGGACUGAGGGCAGCGUGUUCAACAUCUAUCAUUACCUGACGGUCAGCGGCACGUCUCUGACCAGGAACAUCAACAACCUGUUGAAGGACAAGUUUAAGUGCAGCAUCAGUGAAAUGGGCCGCUAUAACCUGUACCUGAGCAGUCUGCUGUGGAAGGGCAUGUUCCUCAACCAGCUCUACUGGAAACUCAUCGGAUUCAGUUCAUCAGGUCAACAGGACGAACAUAACCGCAUGUUCAAGAACGUCUUCAAAGCUCAGAAUGAUUCUUUGUACUUCUGUCUGGACAAAUUUGAUGAGUACGUGGUUGAAGACGUGGAAGUGACCAGCAAAAAAUUCCCCAAAGACCGAAAACAGGACAUCGCUGACGAGGUCCGAAAGACUCUGGAUGAGAAGUACUUCUGGUACAAGUGGGCAGUGAUAGUGUACGAGCAGAAGCAUGAGGCCUACUACAAACUGGUCCAUAUGUGGCGUGUACCUGUGGGGGAUGUGGGGGUGGCAGUGGGAUACACCAACAAGGAAACACACACAUACGAAGAGCAAGUUGAGACUGCUGCUAUGAAAUGCUUGAAUGAGAUCCAGUGUUCGGACCUUAAACAGAAGUCCCAGGACUGUGAGCUUGAGUUUCCCACUGGAAUGGAAAUAUUGUUGCCCCCAAGUGUUAUUCCUGUACCCAUAUCUCUAUAUAGAAAGUUUUCAGAUUAUGCCAAAGUUUUGAAUUAUUUCUAUUAUUAUACUCCAGUGAUGUCACCACAGCCUGCUUUCAACUAUAUGCAGUGCACAAACUCCGACGGUUACAAAUACAGGCUGAACAUCUACCUGACCAGACAGCUGCCGGUUUGUUCCUCACCUGACACCUGUCUGAACGGAGGCGAGUGCAGGCGGCUGAUGGACUCCAAUGAUCACCUAUGUGACUGUCCAGAUGGUUACUAUGGAAAUAGAUGUGAAAACAGCACCAGCAUCUACCAGAACAUUGACAUCGGUUCCCUGGUGCCGGACAUAACCACCCUCAACACCAAACUGGACCGGACAGAUGACAAACUGGACCGGAUCCUUGACACCUGUCUGAAGCAGCUGGACCAGGUGGAAACAUCGUCAGUGGGAACGUUAGCGUUGGCAGCGGAGGCUACAUUUCUGCCAUUGCCUCUGCUCCAAACCUGUUGCAGUAGAUCCGCCAGCGUCCAUCCUCCCACUGACGUGGACAAGUUCUCGGUGCAGAUCCUGGACACCUGUCUGCUGAACUACCUGUCCACUGUGCGCUCCCUGGAGGACGCCAACGCCAAGUUGGAGCUGAAGAUCAGGCAGUGGGUGGAGAGCAGUGGAGACUCCACCUCCAGAGACUACAGCACCUGCUUCCAAACCAUGUCCAUCAUCAGGUCCAAGGUCCAAGGUGAGUCCAGUCCUGCUUCCAAACCAUGUUCAUCAUCAAGUCCAAGGUGA